UAUUAUUGUAUCAUCAUUGUAAUGCAUAAAUGUCCAAGUUAAUCUGGUCACAGUGCAGCUACUUAACUGCUUUUAUGUGGUGUUACGUAAAGUGAUGCAUCACAUUUAGAAUGCUCAUUAUGUUUGUACGUACAAUUGUAAACUGUGAUGUCACUCCUAACUACAACUGUCAAAUAAAUGUAGUGGAGAGAAAAAAAGCAUUGAGAUUUAAUGCUGAAAUGUAGUUAAUUAGUGUGCAAAGUAGCAUCAAAUAGAAAUUAUCAAGUUGAGUAAAAAACUACAUUCGCUUCAGCUUUUACCUCAUUUCGAGCUGAAUGCCUUUACUCCCAAUCUUUAAGCAAUCAGAGCGGCUCUGCUGAUCCAGCGCUGGUACCGUCAGUAUGUCGCCCGGCUGGAGGUGAGACGCAGGUGCACAUGGAACAUCUUCCAGUCUAUUGAGUAUGCAGGAGAGCAAGACCAGAUCAAGCUCUACAAUUUCUUUGGCUUCUUGAUGGACCACUUCACUCCAGCCAGCAGUGAAAGAAACCUAAUAUCUCACAUCUUUCGAGAGAAUGAAAUCUGUCGUGACACAGAAUGGGAGAGGUAUUUCUGCUACAAGAGCAUCGAGGUCCCUGACAGCUACACCGGCCCCCAUCUGACCUUCCCCGUGACCUUCUGUGGCGUGUCGAAGCUGGUGGAGGCGUUCAAGCACAAACAACAGCUUCACGCUCGGUAUGUUCUGCAGCUUCUUGGAGAGACAUGGAGACUUCUAAGAAUUCUUCCAAACAUCAGUCAAGUCUCCGCCUGCCACAACAAGCAGAUUACCAUAUGUGGAGAUUUACAUGGCCACCUUGAAGACCUGCUGUUGAUCUUCUAUAAGAAUGGUUUGCCAUCCUCUGAGAAACCGUAUGUCUUCAAUGGCGACUUUGUGGAUCGCGGUAAAAACUCUUUAGAGAUCCUGCUCAUCCUGUUUGGGUUCCUGCUGGUCUAUCCCAACGAUGUUCACCUGAACAGAGGGAACCAUGAGGACCACAUUGUUAACCUGAGAUACGGUUUCACGAAAGAAGUUCUGGGAAAAUAUCGGGUGCAUGGCAAGAAGAUCCUAAAGCUUCUCCAGAAGAUUUUCAGCUGGCUGCCUCUGGCCACAGUGAUUGAUAAUAAGGUGCUGAUUGUCCAUGGGGGGAUCUCCGACACAACAGACCUCGACGUAAUAGCCAGAGUGGACCGACACAAAUAUGUGUCAGCUCUCCGGCCUCCUAAGCCGACCCAUCAUCCAGAAAAUGUCAGUAUGACUCAGAGAAUGAACAACAGGAACAGGGGGGCGGAUGAACAAGAGUUAGGCCGGCGUCGAGUGUAUUCUCUGACUUACCUCGGCUCGGCCCCGGGGCACAGGCACCAGGCCCCACGCCGCUCGCUCCACAACACGCCCGUGAGCGGUCAACUCAACUGGUCAUUGGAAGAGGAACUGAAAAGGAGGCGCAGGCUGGCGGGGUUUGACCAGUCCUACGUAGAAGUGAAGAUGUCUGACUCAGACUCAGACCCGGAGUCUGGAGAAACAACACAGACAGAUGUGGAUGAGUGGAAACAAAUAGUGGACGUGUUAUGGAGUGACCCAGUGCCCCAGAAUGGCUGUUUUCCUAAUGAGGUGCGAGGCGGAGGAUGCUACUGGGGGCCUGAUGUCACUGAGGAGGUGCUGGGAAGACACAGCCUCCAGCUCCUCAUCCGCUCCCAUGAGUGCAAACAGGAUGGCUACGAGUUCUGCCACAACCGCAGGGUGCUGACUAUAUUUUCAGCGUCUAACUACUACGAGGUGGGCAGCAACAGAGGAGCCUACAUCAGAAUGGGCCCUGAUCUGGUGCCCCACUUCAUUCAGUAUCAGGCCAGCAGGACAUGCAGAGAGCUCACCCUGACACAAAGUGUCGGCUGGACAGAGAGAUCAGCACUGCGAGCUCUGAGGGAACAGUUGUUCGUACACAAGUCCGAUCUCAUCAAUGCCUAUCAGGAGUUUGAUCCUAACAACAAAGGGGUGAUCUCUCUGAAGGACUGGGCCAGCGCCACAGAGAGAGUUCUGAAUCUGGGUCUGCCCUGGAGGGUGCUGCGCUCUCAGCUGGUCAGCAGCACCCAGGAUGGCAUGGUGGACUACAAUCAGUGGAUAAGGGAGCUCUCCAUCACUGAGCCCAAACUCGAGAUCUCAGAUAACAGCAUCCUGGAGACGAUGUACAAAAACCACUCCAACCUGGAAACCAUCUUCAGAAUCAUAGACACAGAUCACUCAGGUUUGAUCUCUUUUGAGGAGUUUCAUCAGACCUGGAAACUCCUGAGCUCUCAUCUUAAGACAGAGAUCAGCGACAAGGCCAUCGCAGACCUGGCACAGAGCAUCGACUUCAACAAGGACGGCAGCAUCGACAUCAAUGAGUUCAUGGAGGCUUUCCGGCUGGUGGACCUCUCUGCACACACCUGAGAGUCUGGACCAGGCCGUGAAGCUGUACCUGCUGAUCUGCUACAUAGAGACAGUACAGAACUGGUAGACUUGGAGACACAUCUGUGGAAAUCCAAAUGUUUAGUAGCAUCUCAUCCCUUUGACCUGUGUGGAUCAAUCUACAUCUUAGAUUUCAGUUGUUUUUUUUACCUUUUUGUAUUUAUGCAAGAAGCUGGUGUAUCAUACAGAUUUUCAGUGCAUUUGCUUGUUUAAAGUACAACAAUCAUGCAUCAAUGUAUGUGUAUGUUUUGUAUGCAAAAUCUUAUCCUGCACAACUCUAUAGUAAUCAGUCACUACUUCCACAGCGUGCUUUCCUUCU